CGCGCCCCAGCCACAUCCCUCCACGUCCCGCCCACAAUUCCCCACACCAACCCCGGCGGAGAAUUAAAGCGCCGUCCCCGCCAAGCAACUUCGGCGACCCCAGCACCCACCUCCUCCUCCUCCCCCCGCCUCCGGAGAUCCAGGUAGCCUCGCCUGACACGCCCGCGCGGUCGAUUCCUGUAUUGUAUCUCGGCACGCGCGCGGGAUUCGCUCCUGCCUGCAGACCCCGCCGUAGAGAUGGAGCGCGGGCGGGGCGGGAGGGACGGCCCCUUCGGCGCGGGCGACCCGUUCGCCGGAUUCGGCCGCCUGGGGGGCGCCCCGAUGCCCGGCCUCUUCGGCGGGGGCAGGGACCCCUUCGACGACCCCUUCUUCACGCAGCCCUUCGGGGCCAGGAUGGGCGGCCCCGGCAUGUUCGGCCCCGGCCUGUUCGGCCCGAUGGGCGGCCCCGGCGCGUUCGGGCCUAUGGGGGGCCCGGGCAUGUUCGGCGCGUUCGGGCCCGGGGAUGGGUUCCUCGAGCAAGCUCCUCCGCGAAGCAAUAAUAAUGAUGGAGGGGGGCCUGUCAUCACGGAGAUUGAUGAGGACGAAGAAGGGGGCGAUGGGGACGGGCAGGCGAACCGCGGGGCCUAUGUUCAGGAGCCGGAUGAUGGGAAUGAUGGGAUGCAAGGGGGUCAGGUCCAGAUGAGGCGAGAUCCCAACAGGGCGAAUGGUGGCGGCCAGCCGCACUCGCGUUCGUUCACGUAUCAGAGCUCCACCGUGACUUAUGGUGGGAUUAAUGGAGCCUACUACACGGCUUCGAAUACCCGGAGGAGCGGCAGCGAUGGGAUUACUGUCGAAGAAAGCAAGGAAGCAGAUACUACGACUAAAGAGGCCACUCAUAGGAUCUCCAGAGGAAUUCAUGAUAAGGGACAUUCUGUAACGAGGAAGCUGAAAUCAGACGGGAAGGUGGACAGUACACAGAUACUGCACAAUCUCAAUGAAGAUGAAUUACCUGGAUUUGAAGAAUCAUGGAAGGGCAAUGCGGGACAGCACUUACCAGGCUGGAACCAAAAUGCUGGUAUAUCUAAUGGUGACAACUCUGGUAACCUUGGUGCCAACGGUGCCAGGCAGCCUGCACAGAACUGGGCGCUCCCCGGAAUGCAGCAACAGCGCGAUCCAAGAAUGCAGCAACAGCGCGAUCCAAGGAGGCACGACAACGGGCAGCCAAAGCCAAAGUCAUCGCGGAUCAUCCCAAUCUCCUGAAGGGUGUAGAGAGGCCCGAGGAGGUGUGAUGGGCGGGUCCAAAUCACGAUUCAUCCCGCGAUCUCGUGCAGAGGGAAUGGCCGAAUCCACGGAGCAGAUGAAUAAACCGCUGCUUGUUUGCGCAAGCAGUUCAGCUCCUGGUGUACGUUCCUCUAGCUAGAUACGAGUAGAAAGCUAAACUGAAAGUGAUGAGGCCUGGAGGUCCGGAUGCGAUCUGCUAUGUGCUACCGCCCGCGUCGCGCCCUGUACCGUUAAUACAUUCUGUGAUUUGAGUCUAUUGUGUUACUGUCUGAUCUGCCUGUAAAGAUACGCUAUUAACUCUACUAUCUGUAAUGUCCCUUGGUGUCGGGUUACACAAAUAACCCUAGAAGAUUAGAAGCUAUGUUCCGGACCUCUGGGUGCUUAAUAAAACUGGUAUUUUCUAA